GACAUAAAGAACAACAAAGCAUUGUUAUCUGUUUGUAGAAAGUUGAGUUGGAUUGACCCAAGACUUGAAUGGAAUCGAGAGCAAUAUCCAGGGAUAGAUAUAUUACGUAUCAAUAUGGAUGACAUAUGGGUUCCGGACAUUGUUCUAUAUAACGGCAAACAGACACAAACCCACAAAGCCAUGGGUAUAUUAUACCCAGAUGGAAUGAUAUUUUAUUUACCGCCGUAUGAAGAGAAAGUAAUGUGUAACUUCGGCAGUGCGUUUUGGUUCCCCUACGACACACAUAAAAUCACAAUUAAGUAUGGCUCAUGGGCUUAUGACGGUACUGCUGUUGAUCUAGGAGAGAUCCAAAUCGAUAUUGAAUCGAUAUUUGGCAAAAUGCAAUCUGGGAAUUAG